AUGGCUAACGUAUGUACUGCACUAACAGCCUUAAGAAGUAAGUUGGACUCGCCCCAGAGAAGAGAGGCUGCCAGACUUACCUUAUCUGUUUGUAAACAAAAAGAAGACGAGUCGGUAGCUCAAUUUUUGAAAAGAUUAAUACCUUUAGUAGAAGUAACAAAUCCAGGUCUAGUGGAUGAGGCAAGAAAAGAAAAGAUAUGCGAAGAAUUACGAGGUCGUCUCAAACCAAGUCUAACAAAUAUGAUGAGAUUACUCGGAACAGCACAAAUGAGUAAUCUCCAAAAAUUCAAAGAAAGAGCGGAAGAGGUAGAAGCUGUACUCCAAUCAGAUAAAGGAUUGCCGACACAAAUUGAGCAGGUAGUUAAUGUUUUAAGAAAUCAGGGCAAGACCUUAAAUUUGAACGCAAAUACACAACCAAAUAACAAUUUCAAUCGCAGAUUUGAGCAACCUAAUUUCAGAAGAUUCAUCAGAGAAGAUGCUCAAAAUCGCAAUCCCCAGGCUUUUAAUCAGAAUUACAGAGGAACAAAUUCAAACAGAAUUAAUAUUCCUGCCAGAGGUUGGAGCUCUCAACAAAUGAGAAGUGAGAGAAAUUGGACAGGUCGCACAAGAUGCUAUAACUGUAAUCGAGCUGGACAUGUAGCAAGAGAAUGUCGACUUAGAAGGAAUAACUUUCAGGCCAAUUGGCCUAAUCGCAAUAAUUAUGAUUCACAACAGACCAGCAGUCAACAGCAAUACAAAACAAACAGUUAUCCAAAGCAGCAAAAUUCUGUAAAUACCGUACAGUCUAGUAUGACAGUCGUACCAGUAGAAGAACUAUUACAAGCACUAGGCUCGAUGAACAUUAAAUCCACAGACACACCAAUGGAAGAACUCAGGUCAGUCACACUGAAUAACAAAAAAUCAGCAGGUAAAGAAGAUACCGCAAAUGAUAAGACUGAACCUGCUGUAAAGCAGAGGAGUAACAUUAUAAGUAAAACAACGAAUUGGGAAGGAUUAGGACCCAAAAUCACAAAAUUUUCUCUCGGCCUAUUAAUGCUUCUUACUAUGAUUAUACCAGCUUCAGGUACAAUAAAUCAUCCAUUAAUUUGCCAAACACAAGCACAGAACAUUUUAUGGGAACUGCCAAAUUUUGAAACAUGUUCUAACAAAGCUUUAAACCACUCGAUUCCACCCGUUUCAAAAAGGUUUGAAAUUUACUUACCAAAUGAUCUCGAACACGAAAUUGAGGCAUGGGCCUGUAGAAAAGUGAAAAAAUCCUUUCGCAAAUACACGUCAAUAACGGGGGUACCAAUACAAGAGGAAAUGAGCUCUGAACCUAUGAAAAUGAGCGAGGAAGAAUGUAAACAAAUGAUUGAACAUGGAAAAUGUAGUUUGGGAAUUUUAAAGAACGAUUCUGGAAUUUUAUACACAGAAAAUAAAAUAGAUCUAUCUCCAAGGUUCUGGUUUGUUGGAUCUUUUAACUGGAAACAAGUAAGUUCAGAAAAUUGCUACCUUUUUAAAACAACAAUAACCUCGAAGUUUGGAGAUAAAUCUAUAAAAACAACUUUGGGUAACACUAAAUGUGAGGUUACUGAAGAAAAAUGUCUAAUGGCUGAUGAAACACUUCUAAAAUGGAAAGUAGGAACACAGCAGAAUUGUGAAUACACGAAGGUAGGUACCUGGAAUGGAACUCAGCUAGAUAAUGUCUGGAUUUCAGAAGAAAUUAAUUUUCGACUAACCUUUCCAGCAAAGCCUGCAAAAGCAUUUUCAUGUAAUGUAGGCUUAAUUCUUUCGGUUGAAGGUCCAGCAGUAAGAGACAUAACACCGCAAAAAGCUCCAGGCUUGAUUAAAUCCGAAAAUAAAGGUUAUGGUAAAAUAAGACCUAAUAAUCUUCCCCCAUGGAUUUAUAUCAGAAGAAGGAAGCGAGCUAUUGAAGGCUGGGUAAGUGAAUCAGAAUUAGAUGCAAAACUUUCAUAUUUGGAUGCCAAAAUGUCCGAAAUGAUGACUGUAUCUUUCUCUCAGGCAUUGAAAUCAAUCUGUGAUUAUAUGGAAGAAACAAGACGUUGGGCCACUGCAACUAUUUUAAAAGACCCGACUAGCUUUGCUAGAGCAGUUUUUCAAGAAGAAAAGCUAGUAGCUAAAAGAGUAAGUUCUUCAAUAAUUAGCGUAUGGCCAUGUAUUCAACUUAAUUGGGAUGAGUAUGAAUUUACUAGAGUGUAUAUUCAAAACGGAAAAACAGAAUGCUUUGACCAAUUACCUAUAAAAUUUAAAACAAGAGGCAAUGAAAAACUGGCAUUUUUAGACCCUAUUACAAUGAUUAUCAGUCCAAUUGCAAGAAAGGCUCCCUGCGCUGAAUUUAGGAAACAAUAUGUAAAAACUAAUGAUAGAGUACUUGAAGUUGAUCAACUAACAGGGCAAGUAAAGGAGGUGACUGUAAGAAAAUUAAAGAAAUUUAAUUUUUCAAUUACAAUGCCGAAAAUUCCGAUUCACACAUUUCACCAUUUAGUCUUGACAAACAUUACAGACUUAGCAACACACGCAUUUGUAACAAACAUGGUCCGAGUAAGCACUAUAACUUAUACCAUUCAGAAGAAAGACACUGAGGUAUUAACCACAAUGUCUGAAGAGUGGAAGGACGUAAAAGACGAAAUCAAAAAUGCCGUCUUUGGAGAUAUUUUACACAUAUGGGAUAUAAUACAAUUUGGUUAA